GCUAGGAAAAACAACCUCUCCCCCACCCUACGUUAUCAUCUACGAUAUGCCAAAUUAAAUCAGAAACAAACAAAUAGUGACCUAAAAAAUGUAUGACGCCUAUGAGGCGUUACCAAUUCUGGAAAAAUUACCUUUACAAAUAGAGUCCAUAGCUGCUUACGAUGAGCACUUGCUAGUAGGGACCCAUCAGGGGCACCUGUUGAUGUACAGUGUUCUGCAAGGGGCAAGCAACGUCCAUUUGCUGAGAUCCAACAAGUAUUUUGCCAAAAAGCCAAUACAACAACUAGCUGUUGUUCCUGAGCACCAGAUUCUAAUUAGUCUUUCUGAUUACCUUGUGACUGUUCAUGAUCUGACAGUCUUUAAUUUUCCAGUCAUAACAUCACUCACAAAAUCUAAGGGAGCUACAUAUUUCACUCUUGAUGUCAAAAGACAAACUUCCUUGACUGGGGAAAUAUCAGUAGCAGUUAGACUAUGUGUUGUAGUGAAGAAAAAACUGCAACUUUUUUAUUGGAAAAAUCGGGAGUUCCGAGAAUUAGGACCUGAUUUAGCUCUUUCCGAUACUCCUCGAGGUAUUGGUUGGUGUAGAGAAACACUGUGCUUAGGUUUUAAAGGAGAGUACUGUUUACUAAAGCUGGAAGGAGAGCAAAGAGAUUUGUUUCCUACCGGAAAACAACCUGAACCUUUGGUUUGCGCCUUGCAAGGUGAUAAAUUUGCUUUAGGAAGAGAUGAACAAACUAUUAUGAUCGACAUUGAUGGCAAUCCGUGUACAAAAUAUACGCUGACAUGGUCAGAGAGACCGCUUCUACUAGUCGAGGACUCCCCAUACAUCCUUGGUGUUUUAACUUCCUGCAUUGAAAUACGGGCAGCAGAACCUCGGCUACUUGUCCAGCGAUUAGAAUUGCCAAGAGCUAGGUUCAUGACGCCAGUGAUAUCGAGCAAUGGGCAGAUAUACGUGGCUUCUCCGUCUCACGUUUGGUGCCUACAUUUGGUACCUGUGCAUUUACAGUUACCUCGCUUGCUGGAAGACAAACAUUUUCAGUUAGCCAUUCAACUUGCGAACUUGUCCAGCGAGCCACAAGAUAUCCGGACCCAACAAGUUCAACAUAUCCAAUCAUUGUAUGCUUUCAGUUUGUUUCAGAAACAUAAUUUUGACGAAUCGUUGCAACUCUUUUUCAAGCUUGCCACUGAUCCUUCUUAUGUCAUUGGACUUUUUCCUGAUCUACUACCUGUGGAAUUCAGGAAAAAAGUGGAAUAUCCUGAAACCGUACCUAUUCUGCAGGGCAGAGAUCUUGAUCUCGCUGUGUUGGCCUUGAUAAAAUAUCUUACUGAGGUUAGGAAUGACCUAAUGAGCCAGAAUGUAAAAACAGGAACCAACAUUAUGGAUGUUGGAUCUAGUUUGAAGUUAAGGCGCCAAUUGUUGGAAAUAGUUGACACUACCUUGUUGAAGUGCUAUUUGCUGACCAACGACGCUCUGGUAGCAUCUUUGUUAAGGUUGCGGGAUAACCAUUGUCAUUUAGCUGAGAGCGAACGGGCGUUAAAGCGCCAUCACAAACAUGCCGAGCUUAUAAUCCUAUACCAAACUCGGGGUCUUCAUCGAAAAGCACUUGAAUUGCUGAAGAAACACGCCAAUAGUCCAGAAGAUUUCGGAUCCCCACUUGCUCACCAUGAUCGUACCGUACAAUAUCUCCAACACCUAGGUUCGGAACAAGUAGACCUAAUUUUUGACUUUGCCUCAUGGGUUAUACAAAGCCAUCCAGAAGACGGACUCAAAAUUUUUAUUGAAGACUUGCCUGAAGUCGAAGAACUACCACGUGCUAAAGUCUACGAUUUUCUUUACAAAAACCACCGUUCUUUAGCUCUAUCCUAUCUUGAACAUGUCGUUUACGAAUGGCAAGAUUCAAACGCCCUCUUCCAUAAUGCCUUGGCUGUUCUCUACAAAGAUAGAAUUCUCCGUUUAGAGACGCAACUGCAAGUCGACAGCAGUGACCCAACACUUCGCUGUGAAUACCAAGAUUCCAAGGCAAAGCUAAGAUCGUUUCUUGAAAUUUCGCGGCAUUGCUCUCCCGAAGCCAUAUUGGUUCAAUUUCCUUAUGACUGUUUAUUCGAGGAGAGAGCUAUACUAUUGGGCAAAGUUGGUCGACAUGAACAAGCGUUAUCAAUCUAUACGAACAUUCUCAAGGAUUUACCUGCAGCCGUAGACUAUUGUAAUGUCUGCUACCGAUCUGAAUCUUCAUCAAAUAAAGAGGUCUAUUUUUAUUUGCUAAAGCUGCUGCUUCGACCUGAUGAUGCCGUCAAAAUUCCUGGUCUAGCAUAUCCUAAUGAGGAACCGCAGCAGCGGCAACCUGAUGUCGAAAGAGCUUUGGAAACUUUAGACCGGUACCCUUCGCGUAUAGAUCCAAUCAAGACGUUGCAGAUAUUACCAGCAAGUAUACCGCUGCUUAAACUGAAACGUUUUCUUCAGAGAAGCUUAGAAUCUUUUGCAUCCCAACGUCGAGAGCUCCAGCUUUUGCGUGGUCUGCUUUAUGCGGAACAUCUUCAAGUUCACGAGCAGCGUAUUGAAUACCAAAACCAGAAAGUCGUGAUAACCGAAUCAAACAUCUGCCACGUCUGUAAAAAACGCUUUGGAAAUCAAAGCCCACGAGGAGGUGGUGGCAGAGGUGCUGGAGGAAGAGGUGGUUCAAGAGGAGGAUUUGGUGGAGAUCGUGGAGGAUUUGGUGAUCGUGGAGGAUUUGGUGAUCGUGGAGGUGGCAGAGGUCGUGGAGGAUUUGGUGACCGUGGAGGGUUUGGUGGUCGUGGAAGAGGAGGUGGAGGUGGCAGAGGUCGUGGAGGAUUUGGUGAUCGUGGUGGUCGUGGAAGAGGAGGCCGAGGUGGCGGUGGCAGGGGAGGUAUGGGUGGGGGAAAGAAAGUGUUUGUUGAGCCCCAUCGUCAUGCUGGAGUAUUUAUUGCCAGAGGUAAAGAAGAUGCUCUAGUCACAAAGAACAUGGCUAUUGGUGAUUCAGUCUAUGGAGAAAAAAGAAUAGCAGUAGAGGAAGAAGGAACUGAAAAGAUUGAGUAUCGUGUCUGGAAUCCUUUCCGUUCAAAGUUGGCUGCAGCUAUUCUUGGUGGUGUUGAUCAAAUCCACAUGCCUCCUGGAAGCAAAGUGUUGUAUUUGGGUGCUGCCUCUGGAACGACAGUCUCCCACGUAUCUGAUAUCGUUGGACCGGAAGGACUGGUCUAUGCUGUUGAAUUUUCUCAUCGUUCUGGUCGCGACUUAAUUAACGUUGCCAAGAAACGCACCAACAUUAUUCCAAUCAUUGAAGAUGCACGUCAUCCACAUAAAUACCGGAUGCUGAUUGGCAUGGUUGACACAAUUUUCGCAGAUGUUGCCCAACCCGAUCAAGCACGUAUUGUAGCUCUUAAUGCGCAAUAUUUCCUCAAAAAUGGUGGACACUUCGUCAUUUCUAUUAAGGCUAAUUGCAUCGAUUCAACUGCUGCGCCGGAAGCUGUUUUCGCUGGUGAAGUAAAAAAAAUGCAAGCCGAAAAAAUGAAACCCAUUGAGCAGUUGACGCUUGAACCAUAUGAGCGCGAUCAUGCCGUGGUGGUUGGCAUAUACAGACCACCAGUAACUAAGAAAUGAAUUUGUUUUACACAGUAAAUUUGACAGAAAAGAAUGACUGCAAUCUUAUGUUUGUAUUUUACUGUGAGCAUCGUCCGCAAUUAAUACAGUUGGAACCGUUUUACUUUUA